AUGCUUUCAGGGUUCGGAGGAAAUCGGGGAUCCGGUCCUCAUUCAUCCUCUGAUCAUGUUCAGGCAGGGCCGUCGGGAGCAGAGGGAGAAACCACUUUAAUCCCUCCGUCUACUUCUGGUUCGGAAGUGGUUCAUUCAAUUAAGUCUGGUCCAUCUACAAGAGCAACAACUGUUACCUUCAAAAAUGCGACAACUGUUACAAUCCAGGCUUUCUGGAUUGAUUACGACGGCAAGGAGGUGGCGUACGAAAAGAUAAAGCCAGGACAGACGUACCGACAGCGUACUUUCGUGUUGCACCCGUGGGCCUUCCGUGAAUGCGCUUCAAAUGAGCCUCUCGUAGUUGGGAAGAAGCUGGUCGCACUCCCUGAAGACGCUGAAGAGAGUGAAAUGGUGAUUGUGAGGCCAGGAUCUAUCAGAUGGAGCCCCGAAUCCCACAAUCGCUUUCCGGAAGCUUUCAGGGAAAGCGUGAAGGCCUUGCUACUCUCCUACCAGUGGUGCCAUGUUAAAUCGGAAUAUCCGGAAAAUCCUUGGACCCAAGACCGCCUGGGCUUACAUAUGUCUGAGCUGCCUCUGGACCUAAUACACACGCUUGUUGAGAUGGCCGCACCUGAUGUUCUUGACAUCGACUACUGA